AGCCGCUCCGGGUCCGCGCCAGUGAGUGCUGCUGUUGCGGGAGAGCGAGCGACGCGGCGAAGGGCAGCGGAGGCGGUGAGUGAGGGCGGCGGCGGCGGCUCCAGAAGCGCACCCGGCAGCUACAGGGAGGCGGCGCGGCAGCCACCGGCUGACACCAGCGGACGCCAGCGGACACCGGCAGGCGAGGCCGGCGCGAGCGGUAGGAGGAGGCGGCUGCGGCUCAGUGGCGGCUCAGGCGGCGAGGAUGCUGCCGGGGAGGCUGUGCUUGGUGCCGCUCCUGCUGGCGCUGGGCGUAGGGAGCGGCGGCGGCAGUGGAGACGGCGGGGACAGCCGGCGGCGCCGCCUCCUCGCGGCGAAAGUCAAUAAACACAAGCCAUGGAUUGAGACAUCGUAUCACGGAGUCAUAACCGAGAACAAUGACACAGUCAUCUUGGACCCUCCACUGGUAGCCCUGGAUAAAGAUGCCCCAGUGCCUUUUGCAGGGGAAAUCUGUGCAUUCAAGAUCCAUGGACAGGAGCUGCCCUUUGAGGCUGUGGUGCUCAAUAAGACAUCUGGAGAGGGCCGGCUCCGUGCCAAGAGUCCCAUCGACUGUGAGCUGCAGAAGGAGUACACGUUCAUCAUCCAGGCCUAUGACUGUGGUGCGGGGCCUCGGGAAGCAGCCUGGAAGAAGUCACACAAGGCUGUGGUCCACAUCCAGGUGAAGGAUGUCAAUGAGUUCGCACCCACCUUCAAAGAGCCAGCCUACAAGGCCAUCGUCACGGAGGGCAAGAUCUAUGACAGCAUCCUGCAGGUAGAAGCCAUUGAUGAGGACUGCUCCCCCCAGUACAGCCAGAUUUGCAACUAUGAAAUUGUCACAACGGAUGUGCCUUUUGCCAUUGACAGAAAUGGCAACAUCAGGAACACUGAGAAGCUGAGCUAUGACAAGCAACACCAGUAUGAGAUCCUGGUAACUGCUUAUGACUGUGGACAGAAACCCGCCGCUCAGGACACCCUGGUACAGGUGGACGUGAAACCAGUGUGCAAGCCUGGCUGGCAAGAUUGGACCAAAAGGAUUGAGUACCAGCCUGGCUCGGGGAGUAUGCCCUUGUUCCCCAGCAUCCACCUGGAGACGUGCGAUGGAGCUGUGUCCUCCCUCCAGGUCACUGCGGAGCUGCAGACUAAUUACAUCGGCAAGGGCUGUGACCGAGAGACCUACUCUGAGAAAUCCCUUCAGAAAUUAUGUGGAGCAUCCUCGGGUAUCAUCGAUCUCUUGCCGUCCCCUAGCGCAGCUACCAACUGGACUGCAGGGCUGCUGGUGGACAGCAGUGAGAUGAUCUUCAAGUUUGAUGGCAGGCAGGGUGCCAAGAUCCCUGAUGGGAUUGUGCCCAAGAACCUGACGGACCAGUUCACCAUCACCAUGUGGAUGAAACAUGGCCCCAGCCCCGGCGUGAGAGCCGAGAAGGAAACAAUCCUCUGUAACUCAGAUAAAACUGAAAUGAACCGGCAUCACUAUGCCCUGUAUGUGCACAACUGCCGCCUCGUCUUCCUCCUGCGGAAGGACUUUGACCAGGCAGACACCUUUCGCCCUGCAGAGUUUCACUGGAAGCUGGACCAGAUUUGUGACAAAGAGUGGCAUUACUAUGUCAUCAAUGUGGAGUUCCCUGUGGUCACCCUGUACAUGGAUGGAGCAACAUAUGAACCAUACCUGGUGACUAAUGACUGGCCCAUUCACCCAUCUCACAUAGCCAUGCAACUUACUGUCGGCGCCUGUUGGCAAGGAGGCGAAGUGGCCAAACCACGGUUUGCACAAUUUUUCCAUGGCAGCCUUGCCAGUCUCACAAUCCGUCCUGGCAAAAUGGAAAGCCAGAAGGUGAUUUCUUGUUUGCAGGCCUGCAAGGAAGGGCUGGAUAUUAAUUCCUUGGAAAGCCUUGGGCGAGGGAUAAAGUAUCACUUCAACCCUUCACAGUCCAUCCUCGUGAUGGAAGGCGAUGACAUUGGGAACAUCAACCGAGCCCUCCAGAAAGUCUCCUAUAUCAACUCCCGGCAAUUCCCAACAGCAGGGGUCCGGCGCCUCAGACUCUCUUCCAAAGUCCAGUGCUUUGGAGAAGAUGUGUGCAUCAGCAUCCCAGAUGUGGAUGCCUACAUCAUGGUCUUACAGGCCAUUGAGCCCCAGAUCACCCUCCAGGGAACAGAACGUUUCUGGAGACCUGCCGCCCAGUUUGAAAGCGCCAGAGGAGUGACUCUCUUCCCUGACAUCAAGAUCGUGAGCACCUUUGCCAAGACUGAGGCAUCAGGGGACAUGAGAGCCACAGGCACGGCCCCCAAAUCAGCAGUCUUGGAAGAAAUGCUACACAAUUUGGAUUUCUGUGACAUUUUGGUGCUUGGAGGGGACUUGGAUCCAAGACAAGAGUGCUUGGAGCUCAACCACAGUGAGCUCCACCAACGACACCUUGAUGCCACCAACUCAACUGCUGGUUACUCCAUCUAUGGUGUGGGCUCCAUGAACCGCUACGAGCAGGUGCUGCAUCACCUCCGUUACCGCAACUGGCACCCCACGUCCCUUGAGACCCGGAGGUUCCGGAUCAAGUGCUCAGAACUCAACGGGCGUUACACUAGCAAUGAGUUCAACUUGGAGGUCAGUGUCCUCCAUGAAGUGAGAGUCUCUGACAAGGAACAUGUCAACCACCUCAUUGUGCAGCCACCCUUUCUCCAGUCUGUCCAUCACCCUGAGACCCGGAGUAGUAUCCAGCGCAGUUCAGUGGUCCCGAGCAUCGCCACUGUCGUCAUCAUUAUCUCUGUGUGCAUGCUAGUGUUUGUUGUGGCCAUGGGUGUGUACCGAGUCCGAAUUGCCCACCAGCAUUUUAUCCAAGAGACUGAGGCUGCCAAGGAAGCUGAGAUGGACUGGGAUGACUCUGCACUGACUAUCACUGUCAACCCUAUGGAGAAACAUGAAGGCCCAGGGCACGGGGAAGAUGAAACCGAAGGAGAGGAAGAGGAGGAAGCAGAGGAAGGCGCGAGCUCCAGCAGCAGUGGCUCCGAUGACAGCGAAGAGGAAGAAGAGGAAGGGAUGGGCAGAGUCAGACAUGGGCAGAGCGGCACCAGGCAAGCCCAGCUGGAGUGGGAUGACUCCACCCUCCCCUACUAGUGCCCAUGGGGCUGAUGAGCAGCGCGUGUGCCCCUUUUGUAAAACCCAACCCAGUGUAUGCCCAAGCCUGUCACACUCACCUCUGGUUUCUAUGACAGGUCUGGGAAGGCCAUCAGCUUCUUUGAAUCUACCCUCUAUGCUUUGGGCACUGCCUAUGUCCCAACCAUGGAGCAGUUCCCAGAGCCCAUUGUCACCAUCCGUGGGGACUGCAGGGUGGUUACGUUGUCCUGUAGCCCUCAUUUCUUUCUGCUCGGGGCUCACCCAGAAUCCUGUCACCCAACCUGCAGAGUUCUGAUCACCUUGCUCUUUUCUGCAGGGGAGGAGCUCCCACUUUGUGUCACUUGCCACCCCUAGACUCAGUGUUUUCAAACUCCUUGGGUUAUAACACACUGUGUACGUACUUGACUAAAUAGCCUUUCUCCACCUACACCAGCAGGUCUUCCCUAUGCUGGGUCUCCAGGUUGCUUUAUACAGACAAAGCUGUAGAGUCUCGCUCAUAUACCUAAGAACUUAGGGCUUAAGAAUUGAAAAGAAAGCCUUUGCUGGGGCAGAAUUGAGUUUCCAUGGAAAGGUCCGAAGUGUACGUGUAUAUGUACACACACACACACACACACACACACACACACACACACACUUCUGAGCUUGGAGAGCCUUUCUUUUUACUUCUUCUGAGACUAGGUAAGCUGUAUAACAAGUUCAAAACCAAGAGUUAGUUGGGUUUUGGCCAUAAGUAGAGUGUGUCCUCAUCAUAGGCUCACUGACCAGCUUUCCAACCUGCCUAGGCAAUGUCUAAACCCACGUGGCUGCUCUGCCCAGGGCUAUCACCAUGGCAGAACCACAGGGCCCAGGAAGCACGUCAUACAGGCACUCUUCAAGAGACAGCUUGGGCAUGGAUGUCACUAGGAGCCAAAGAAAGGAUUGAUGGGAUGACCCAGCAAGACUUCACGGUCGAUAAAGAUCUACUUUGGGUUUGGUAUAGCUGGACUUUCCCAUAUAAGGGUAGCCUAAAAGUUGACAAGGCUGUCACCACCCAGCCUGUGGUCCCUUAUCUCCUAUGUUACUGUUUUCUCUUUGGGACAUAACAUCAUUUCAGAUGUAGUCGAACAAAUGUAGGCUCUACCAGUCUGAGAUGUUAGUUGGGAAAUUUAACUGCUAGGGAUUCAAAGUAUAUGUGUAACAAUAACAGCUGCUUCUUUCUUCUUCUCAUAAAAGGAGGGAUGCUUUGAAUAGAGGGCAAAUAUAUCAAAACCUUAAUUUCUUGUUCUUUCUUCUUAUUUUAAUAAGAAAGACUUUUCCAUCUCCAUUCUAACGUGGGCACUUGGUGAGGAGAAUUGUUGCUAUAGUAACUGGUGGACAAUCUUUUGUGGCCUAGAGAAUAGCAGGCAAGAAUUAAGUCCAUUAUAAGAGUUCCACAAGGCUUUGAGGACAUGUUUGUUUCAAACAUCUUGAGCUCCUCUUUGUUCUCAAUCUGUAUAGGUCAUCCCCAUCAUCCUACUCUGUCCCAUGCCCGUCCUGAAUUGGCUUGGACCAGGUCCACAAUCGGUCUCUCAUCACAUAGCAUUCAGAUCCAACUGAAUGUUGAAUCUUCCCUGUGUCAUCUAAACAGAGAAUUCAGGGAGCGAUUAUAGCUGAUGUCCUCUAGCACUCUGCUCACCCUCCAGGUACCAAUGAUCCACACCAGGUCAUUGCAACCUUCUGGCUGGGGAGAUCUACCUUAUGGUGUUUUUCCAUCUCUCAGAGUGUUUUGUGCAUACAUUCUCUUUCAUGAGCCUUUGGAUAACACUGUGAAGAGUUUGAGAAAUAGAUUAUUAGGGACAUUUUUUGUGAUGGGUAAACUAAGGCUCAGAGUCAGUAUCCUGUUCAGAGUCAUUCCAAGGUACAGACUACCCCUCUGCGCCCCACCCAUGGUUCUACUUACAUUCACAUUAACAUGUAUUUCUGAGCAUCUACUAUGUGCUAAGCAUGCUAUCCGCAGCAAUAGGAAUGGGAUGAAGCAGAAUAAGACAGACCUUCCCCCCGCAGAGGACUCAGGAGUUACGGAAGGAACACAACCAGGCAUGGAAAUUACACAGGAGACAGGAGGAUGAAAUAUCAGAUGCCACUGGAAGAAAAGGAACAUAUUUAUCAACCCAUGCCCUAAUUUUUCUCUCUUGGAAGAAAUGCAAGAUUUUUAUAUUCACUGAAAGGAAAUAGACAUCUCUUGUGAACUACCCCAGUCAAAUCCCCCCUUUUCUGUCAGGCCAUUUCUGCACAUUUACAAGGCAGGAAAUCUACAGGAAGGAUUAGGCUUUACAAUCCUAUUAUUUAAAUAAUAAGACAUUCUUCAGUCUAGCAUUUAGUAGCUACUGAAUUCUCCCAAAAUUAUGUCCAUAAAGGGAACAGUUUGCAUGUUUAAAACCAAUCCUUUUUGAAUGAGAUUUUGAUUGCAAAUAUUUAAGUCUAGAGUUUGAGAGCACUUUGCUCUGCCCUGACUUUUCAGUGCUGAGUGGUGGAUGGCUGUUCCCAUGUCCCCCUGGGCUACCUCUUGUGGCUGCAUUCCUCAUUUGUGGUUGGGCAAGUUGUUUGUGCUAUUAGAAUGCCUUUAUGGGUUUCUGUUGGGGAGGUGGGGGUAAGAAGAGAGGCAGAUGAAAGCUAGGAAUCUUUGGGGUAUGGCAGCCAAGAUGUAUCAAUCAGUUCAGGAGCCAUUUGGUGACAUAGAUUUGCAGGGAAAUAGUGGUGACACAAACUAAAGCCUUCCCCUCCUUUGUCACAGCACAAACUCACUCUGCAUGCCAACUCCAAAGCCAAAGCAUCUAAGUGAUGUUCCUGGGACAACAGGCUUUUAUCCUGUUCCCAACACUCACUUAACCUUGGUUAAGAUCAAGGAGGGAGUGGUUAUACAAUAGUGAACUUCAGCAGGUAUCCAGGUGAGUGGUAGGUCAAGGCAUCGGCCUACCAUCAUCUACUCUGACCAGGAAUGCAAGGCGCUAGUCACACUGGCUUUUCCCAGUGUCCAGAGUAUGGUAUUUUGAAACCAAAAUUCCCAGAUGACCUGGACACUAUGGGACCCCUAGGAAGAGGUGAGCAACCAAGGAAAGGCAGAUUCCGCCCUGAAGAGAAUGAACUGACAGGUGUGGCCAUAGACUCGUCCAUUGCGUUUCUUGCCAAAUGGACAACCUGGGUCUGCUCUUCAGAACUUGACUUCGAGUCUCGGUUAACUCAGAAGGUUGGGAGGAGGAGAAGCAGGAGGAUGCCAAUGAGUUGCCCCAGUGGAGAAAAGCCAUUAAACCCACUGAAGAAGUGUCUCAAGGAAUCCUGAGUGUAUUCAAGUAGAUUUAAGCAAAUUCUGUAAGUCUGACUAAGGCCCCAAGUCACACAAGUAUAAAGGACUGUGAUUGCUGCGGCAGAACUUUCUGAGAACUUUAUUGAAUUAACCAUUCAUUUUGACCACUCACAGUUUAGACCAAAUUCUCUGACCUUAACAAGAGAGUUUGUCUCAAGGGACACCCACCAAAUCUCCAUGGAGAUAACCACUGCUAGAAAAACAGCACCCCCUUCCCGUGUAUCAGAGAUCAACAAACUAUCUAUAAAGAUCCAGAGAGGAAAGCCUUAGGGUUUUGCAGGGCCAUUUGUUCUCAAUGUUACUCUUCUAAACCCUGCCUCGUGCCGUGGAAGCAGCUUCAGGCAAUACCCAAGCAAAGGAACAUUCCAGUUAGUCCCGCCAUCUACUUUCCAGUAAAACUAAUCUAUGAGACUGAAGGUUGAAAAAAGAGGCUAUUUGAAUUUAUUGAAUUUUCAUGUCAUAAACUUUUUACUCUCUUAUUUCUCAUUUUCUACUCAAAACUUAGCCUGCUAGACAUCUAGAAAGCUAGCCACCAGGCAGAUCCAUGUGAGGCCGACUCUCACCCUCAAUACAUAAAAAGCAUUCAUCCCUCCCCCAUCCCUCUACCCCAAAGAAAACACCCAACAGCUCCCUAGUGGUCAUUGCCUUGAAUUGAACAGCUGGAAAACUCUGGGUUCUUUCAUUAAAUCUCUCUUAGAAGUUCACAGGAGACUGGAGAAAACGCAAAAGAAACCGGUAAAUGAGCAACCAAAAUCCCACUUGUUAUUUCUGAAUUGAAGAAAUCAGACAAAUAUUCCUAAGGGUUGGAUGCCUAGACCCAGAGACCUAGCUAAUCACUGAGCACAGGGGCUUCCUCCUCUGCUGUGGCAAGUGCUAACUCCCCAGGCUAAGCACCUUCCUAGCAGGGCUCAGUCCAUAAUGAUUUCUAAGCAGGAGUGUUCAUUAUCCGGGACUGAUUUUCAUUUCAGCCCUGUUCAUGUCUUUGCUCUAAAAAUGAUCCUAAAGACUUGUGGCUGUUCAAAUCAAUAGUAACACAAUCAGCAGAAAGCCCUACCCAGCAACACUUCAAAAUUAACAGCCUUCUUGCCUCUAUGACUCAAUAUUAGCUGCAAAGAAAAGAGUACUUUUUCUUAAUCAUCUCCCCAUUUAAAUUAACCAGAUAGGCUUUGCAAAAAAAAAAAGUGAGCGAAUAAGUCUAAUUCUUUAGAAAAGUGGGUGACGUUCACGGAACAUAUGGCCUCUGGAGGAUCCCCAAAGCCUCCUGCAAUAUGCUCAGCCAGGUUCCGAUGUUGCAGGCUUCUCUAUCUGUGCCAGACAUUUAUCGAGGCUGACAAGCCAAGGCCCUUGGCACGGUUUAAUUUUCAUGUCACCACGUUCCGUUGUCCAGCUGGAGGCAAAGGAAAUGAGCAGUGUAAGUUUCCAAGUCAACUCCAGGACCUUCACUUGCCUGUCUUUAUUUGUUUUACUUUAUACGUUUAUCCUGCAUUAGCUCCCUUCUGACACUGGUUGGAAAGGGGAAGCUGGUUUUCCGGGAGCUACAUAUUAGGAGCUAAGCUUGACUUUCUCCCAUGGUAACAAAGAGAGAGAGAAGUUACCUCCAUGAGCAUGCCAGAGAGCGAUUGCAUUGAGUCACUAGGCAGAUGGAAGUCUCUGUUUGUACCUAUGCUCCACAAAUUCAGCAAGUCCUCACCAAGCACCCGUGUGUGCUUGAUUCUAAGCCAAGGAACAGGAGACAGAGGAUGAACUAGAGAGAAUCCUCAGCUCUUGUAGUGUCAGAGGGUUCCACACACAGGACUGUCGGGGAGAAGUUUAAGAUGCAGUCGUCUAGUUUAAGUCAGAUGGUAGGGAUGAUCCUAGGGAUGCUGAAGGGCCUCCAUGAGCAGAGAGGGCUUCAGGAAAGUGAGCAACAUGCUCCUGAAUUCUCCCUAGUUAUCAUGGCUCGGGUCAUGUGUAGAGGAAAGCCUUUCCCUUUAUGGAGAAAUAAUUUGGCUGAUGGCUGAGAAUUGGUGAAGCUAGGAUGGAGGUAGUCCUCAAAUAGAAGCAGUAGGCAGGCAGACCAGGAAAAUUAUGAACAGUGGUUUAAGUGGGUUCAGGAGGCUUACAUCCCCCCUGAUGGCUGAGAGUUGGUGAAGCUAAGACAGAGGUAGUCCUCAAAAAGAAGCAGUAGGUAAGUAGACCAGGAAAAUUAUGAACAGUGCUUUAAGUGGGUCCAGGGGGUUUCCAGCCAAAGCCCAGGGUCUGGCCAGCCUGAUGCAAGGUUCACACAUGAAGGACUGAGCUCUGGCUGGGUGAUGUGCAGGGCAGCUGCAGCCACAGUCUCAGCAGCACUCUGGAACUAGUAAGGCACACUCUACAAGUGAGGCUUCAGCAAGCUGUACUCGAAGAACAAAGCUCAGGAAGGCCAGGGUUUCAGCGCUGUCUCUGUGGAGGCCAGCCUGUGCUGGCACUUGGAGGAGGGAGAAUGGCGAAUGCUGUCACAAUUCAGACACUAAGUUGGAUGGGUAAUGGACUGCUUCUCUUGGAAGGACAGUAUCCCAUGUUGCUAAAAGUAGGAGAAAGAGAAAACGGAAAGGAAAAGUCAAAGCUACAGCUUCAUCUACAGUGGGAAUCUCAUUCCUAUGGUCCAUAUAGGUACCGGGUUCCAACCAUUUUCCCUUCCUGAUGUAUGGCAUAAGAUCUAUGGUGUAAGCACCAUAAACCUUCAGCUGGAACUUCUUAUAUUUUGUCAGUCAUUGUGCCUAUGACCUAAGUCAAGUCUCAUACUAGGAUCUCAAGGUCAAGGUCAGAGGUCAGGGCAUAGAAGAGGAACCAAUGACACAUAAGCCAGGAUGACUUAAGUCACCAUAAGUCAUAGUGAGUUUCUACAAACCCAGCCCCCUGGAGCCCACUCUUUGUCUGCAGUUGUCCUUUGCAAAAUCACUAGGGAGGGAAGGAGAGUGGAAGGGGCAAAGAGCAGGUGACAAUAUUUUGUGCUUCCUCAUGGAAGCUGACAGGAAGGGAUGUUUUUCCCCCAAAGUAAUCUUUUCCAGGUAGAACCAGUAAAAGGAGUCCUCCCCGCCACACCAGGAGCAAAGGCAGCUAGGCCCUGAUGAGCCCACUUUUUCCACCCUGUGAGUCAUAGGCCUGAGGAAACGGAGCUUUAAUUUGUUAAUGAGCCCAGCUCCUUGCCACUGACCCACCCUUUUUAUCAGAUAUACUGUGGGAAGAUUCAUCACUAUGAAGCCCAAUCCCCCAAAGUCCGAUGAGACAAGGGCAGCAGACACGAGAGGCCUCAGACUGCAGGCGCUGGAUAUUAAUCACAGGAACAAAAUCAUGUUGGCUUUAAUGUUUGCUUUCUUUUAUCUGGGAGAGAAAACGCACCUCUGUUACCUGGACCCUUUAAACUGAGCAUUUCAGAGCAGAAGUGGGACACAAACACAUAAAUAUUGAGGGUUCUUUUCCUCAGCAGAAUGAGCUGUCAUAAAAAAAGAAGCUAAGAGGUUAUUUCUAUUUACAAAGGCAGAGAAUCAACACACAGGUUUUAGGUCUAGACUCCAACCCUCCUCCCCCCGAGUGGAAGAAGGACAAUGAGGUGGCCUCUACUCUGAAAGGAUUCCUCGAGGGCCCAAGAGUAAGGGUCCAACUGGACCCAUGACUCAUCACUUCACCAUGAGUGAAAUGCAUGCAUGCAUCUUUGGAGGCAAAAGUGCAUUCAUCCUGGCCGUCAGGGAAGGCUGGGCUGUGGCUCUAACCAUUACCCACUCUCCACGAUGCAAAGGAGCCCUGGAGCUCUGGAAGGGAGUAUUGAUGGCCCUUUCACAGACACACUCUAGAAGGUUGGAAAUGGAGCAAAAGUUUUGGGCAAAGAAAAUUAGACUUGGCACCCGGGUGAGUCACUUGAACAGGAGGAGAAGAGAUAUGGAAUGAGAAGGUGGUAGAGGUGGAGAGUAAACUGGAGGCUGAUUAGGAUCAACAGCAUCAGAAGCAACCAGGAAGCCAGGGCACUGUUCUAUAUGUAAACAUAUUCAUGUGUCAGAGGAAUCAUGGGUAAAUAAUGCCAUAUGACCGUAGAGGCAGUUUCUGUAGUUGCUUUACAAGCCAGAACCACUGGAAGUGGAUGAUGGAUCAAUCUCCCUACCAGGUUUCCAACCUUAUCUGCUUCUGAGAAAGAGCUGUUGAUGCUGAAAAGGCAUAGCAGGUGACUGGAGAAAAACAGAUGGAAAAUAGAAAGAAGAAAGUUUAUAUAGAAGCCAGUUGUUCCCAAGGAAACCUGUAGCUACUAGAAUGGGCCUUGUUAUGUUACUGCAUGUACAUUGUAAUGUCUGUAAGAAGGAGUUGGAAUGGUAGGACGGGGCAUUAGUUUAGGGAAUUGGAGUAAUAAGUAUAGAAUACCAGACAGGACUAAGUGAAGAGUAGCUGAUAAUAUAUAUGUAUGUACAUAUAUACAUAUCUAUACUAUGGAAGUAGGAUACAAAACAGAGAGGUCCCAACCAACCUUAAUUCUCCAGAUGCCUUAGGUUAUUCUUAUUUGCUUUUAGCUCUCAAAGCCCUGAAAGAAGUACCUGGAACACUGCAGGAGUCAUAAACAUUUGGAAGUGAAGCAUCUAGCUUGUCCUUACUUGGUGAAGACCCAGUAUAUCACUAAACUCCAUAUUGACUGAACCAUAUAGAAGCAGGCCAACCACGCAGAUCUCCUAGCUUAGAGAAGCCUCCGUGAAUCUUCAUAUUCUGUGCAGUAGUCAGACAGUGGCAGACACUGGCCAUGAACAGGGACAGUGCUGCACAUAGUUGCUUGCACACAUGUAGAACAUACCUGAAUAACAUCCCCAAUGCUGUUUCUACAGAGCAGAGGCUGCCCAACCUACCAUUGUCUCUGCCUUUCCCUAAGUACUUGCUAAAUAUUGUUCACUCUAUCAUCUUCUGUCAUUGAUGCUGGGACUAAAUAUAAAGGUUCUGGGUGCAGCCAAUCUCAGACCCUUCCCUCCUCCCCCCAUCUCUGGAGAGGAUGUCACCAUUUUUAAAGCCUUGUAUGAGAAACCAGUUUGUUCCCAGCUCAAUGCAUGGGAAAGGCCUGAGAUGGACAGACUGUUUUAUCUACUGGAGUCUCUUUGGGGUUCACUCUGCAGAGAGAAAGAGCAGUCUCACUGUAUGCAAUCAUCUUCCACCUGCACCUGACUGCAAAGUGGCCUAAUGGUCAGUGCCGCUUGAGUGUCUUUCACGGGAGCCAGCUGCACUUGGGGUUUGUGUGUUCUUGGCACACAGUAGACUUCUGAGCCUCUUGAGCUGCCUCCAAGAAUGAAUCUCGUUAGUCUACAAAAUGUAUUUAUUUGGUAACUAUGCUACUGUGUAUGUAUGAGUCUGAUACAAUGCAAACCUUGAAAUGUCUUACUAAAAGGAAUUAUGAAUUCAUAGAAAAUUGAAUCCAACUUCAGAACAGCGCAUUAUGUUGCCGGUCAAUAAGGUUGCCCAGCCACGGGGGACCAGAGAAAAGCCUUCCCCUCCCACCCCUUCCCUUAGUACCCUCUCCCUCCCUAAUUGCCCUACUAGAUUCUAACUGAUGCAGAGUGAAGGGUACCGAGAGAGUACAUGUACAUAAAGAUUUAAGAGGGACAUAACCCCUGGGGGGAUCAGUUGAGUUUCUUCCCAUGGCUGUGAUCUUAUCAUGCCUGAAUUCCAAACUUUAAAUUUCUAACAAUUUCGAUUCUUGAAGUUUCUGAGUAAUUUGUUAAAUGCCUAUUCAACACAGACAGAUAUUUAUUUUCAGCGUUGGCUUGUAAAUGCCUACAAACUGAUUCAUGUUGGUGGUCAUUACGACACUUCUGUGAAUUGGUUGAAUAAAUAUGAUUUUAGAAUU